GGUACAACGAACGAGUUGACAGAAGCUAUUGGAAAGGUGUGGAGACAGGAUGAUGACUAGAACUAACAGUAUAUUUCUGUAUGGAAAAGGGGAGAAAAUGAAUUAAUGAUUCUAAGUUGGCAAAAUGAAACGGAUUAUCCACAAAGGUGAAUGCUCAUUAUAUGACGUCAUAUCCUGGUUCGCUGUGAUGCUUCAAUGUGUAUAUUUAACUGCUGGUGACACAUGCGCACGUAGGCUUAUAUUAUUAACAAUACAACACCAAGACUGCAUUCCAAAAGUUAUUCUGGCACCUGCUUGUCGGGGAACAUGUUCCUCAUAUUCUCGGCCAUCAAUUGAAUUUCCGGGUCAAAUGGAACGAUUCUGUCAAUGUUGUGACGCAGACGAUGUCCGUCUGCGAAGAGCUAAUGUACUUUGUCCGGUUCAAAAUGCCGAGUCUGGAAGAACAACAUUUAGAACAAUACGCGUUAAUAUGAAUGUACCAAGAACGUGCCGUUGUCGCCCUUGUUCAGAAACACCCGGAAAUGUUGUUCCAGCGGAACAAGAACUUUGGAGUCAAGGCAAGAGAGAUUCUAAUAAAAACAUGAAAAGAAGACCCUUUGGCGAAAGCGACAUAAAAUACUUAAUACGUCAAAGAAAGCCCUUUAUAAUUGCAGAAGAUAACUUGUUAAAUUUUACAUAUAAAGAAAUCGGUUAAAUACCAAUAGUUCAUCUUUAAUAGAUGUUUAGAUGUAAAUAUUUUGACAGAAAUGUGAUCAUUUAUGAAUGGAGUUGCGGCUGUUUAUGAGAGGAAAUGUGGCUGUUUAUGGAACACGAUUUUAUAUGUAUAUAUAAAUAAGUAUGUAUUUAUUUGACAGAAACGAAUAUAUUUUAAACAUGUUGUUAGCACAUAUUUCUAUAUUUCAUAUACAAUUUCAUAUAAAAUAUAUAAAAUAAAGUCGUUA